AUGGCGGACAGAGACGAUAACGCAGCCGGCCAAGAACUUCACAUUGACCGAACGGAAAUGCUCAAAGUCAUCGAACAGAUGAUCAGCUACUCGACGGAGUGCUCGGCUGACGCUGUAUUGUGCUCGCGUGCUUGUCAGGAGAUCUGUAAUGCACUGAAAGAAGUCCAACCACUUUUCUUGGUUCUCAAGCACACUAACCUCACAGUAGCACAGGGUAACAGCUUGGUGGAAUCUCUUUCUGAGAUGGCUAGCUCACUGGCGGAUGUGACUGUCUGCGUGGAUUUGUGCCGCGAUAGGCUAUGGAAGUUUCACUUGCUUCAGCACUCGGAUUCCUUCACUUCACGGCUUCAAGACGCAACUAAGAAGACGGGGGAUGCAUUAUAUGAGUUUGCCAGCACAAGGAUCAAGAUGGAACCGGGGUUUCCGGUGCACUUAUUUUCGGACGUUCUCACAGCAGCGGCUAAAGCAGCUACGAAGCUCAAGAAAGUCGACGUGAACCUUGAUCCGAAUGAUGCACGCUUGAAAGAAAUGGUCAAUACUGGUUGUGACGAAGUCGUGAGUGGUGCAUCCGAUCACGCCUUGGACAUAAUACUUCAAGGAAGGCAUGGUUAUUGGCGAAGUGUGCAAAGCAUGAGCCAGCUCUCGCUUAAUGAUUCGAGUAAUGGUCAGCAAACAUCUCGUGGUCGUGAAGGAACGUCGUCUGGCAGACCGGCAAACGACGGAGAGAUGCGCCUGGAGGCAACAAGACCAAUGCUUGAAUCCAUACGGACAACGCAAGACAAUGGUAACAGCUUCGCUCCAUCCGUUCUCAGCCCUCGCUCAUUUGCCGAAGUAGCAUCGCCUACUGGAAGUGCGGAACCCAGCUCAUUGCCAGAAACGUCUGACUCCGCGAACAAUACUUCUAAGGCCCUGGAUGAUGCGCCGGCUGAAAAGUCAGGGAAAGACACCGUUAGUUAUGGCACACCAGAUCGACCUUUCGGCACAAGAAGGAGAAGGUCAAGCAUGAACGAUGAGCCACCUCCUGAGUUUCUAUGUCCUAUCACAUGCGAACUGAUGGCGGAUCCAGUCAUGGUUGUCACGGGACAAACUUAUGAGAGGAGCUCCAUCAGACAGUGGAUAAGUGAGGGCCAUCGUACAUGCCCUAUUACGCGGAUGCCUCUUGGGAACAUAGAGCUGGUGCCUAACUAUGCACUGCGAAACGCCAUUCGAGCUUGGGCACAAAAGCGGGGGAUUGAGUUGAAGGAGCCUGAGUUCUUUCCGCCACCUCGUAUAAGCGGAGCUCAAUAUAAGACAGCUAAUAAUGCCUCGGCACCAUCACAGAUCCCUACAUGGGACAAUGCUCUGCCAGACAGGAGGAGCCCUCCCAUGCUGGCUGUUACGCAACUGUUCGUUGGCUCAUCCGCUGACAAGGAUGCAGCUGUGGCUCAGCUUGCAACAACUGCAAGUGAAGAUGGGGAAAAUGGGCGGGUUUCAGUUGUACAGGCUGGUGCAAUCCCACCCCUCAUCAUGGUUCUGCUUGAAGGCUCUGAUUUUGCAAAGGAAACGGCAGCAAGAUGCAUCCGCUUCCUUUCCAGGAGCAACAACCCAAUCAUUACACAAGGUUCCGCAGGAGCUAUCCCAGCUUUGGUCCGACUGCUUUCUGUGGGGUCUCAAGCUGCAAAGGAGGCUGCAUGUGGCGCGCUUGUCAACCUCUCAGCCAAGACGGAUGUCAACAAAUUCCAGAUUGCAGUUGCUGGAGGAAUAACUCCACUAGUUUCUCUUCUUGACUUCAACCAGCCAAAUGCCUCAAGGACCUCGUAUGAGUGCGCAUCAGCGGCACUGUGCAAUCUUGCUUUUGACAAUGAGAACAGGCUGAAGAUUGCUGCAGCCGGUGCCAUCCCUUUGCUUGUCGAGGUUGCUGCAAGAUCCCCGACCCCAGAAGCUGGAGAAUAUGCCACUCACGCCCUUGGAAGCUUGGCUUGUGAAAUCAAUGAAAAUGGGGAGAAAAUUGUUCAGGCCGGAGCUGUGCCAGUGCUGCUUGCAGCACUUCAGAACGGAUCUCCUUGGAGCAAAGAAGCAGCUGCGCGGACACUUCAUCAAAUGCUGGAAGAGUGCACCCAGAACCGGAACCUUCUAAUGGAGGCACUGGCACAUCUGGGCAAGGUGGCAGCAGUUCUAGAGGGACAACUCGGGUGCACAUAA